GCACGAACCCGUGUCCCCUGCAUCGGCAGGCGGACUCUCAACCACUGUGCCACCAGGGAAGCCCUAUUUUGAAUUUUUUGAGGAAUUACCAUAUUGUUUUCCACAGUGGCUGCACCAUUUUACAUUCUCAUCAACAGUGCACAAGGGUUCCAAUAUCUCCACAUUCUCUCCAAUUCUUAUUAAUUUGUUUUUUUUCUUUUUUGUUGUUUAUAUUAACCAUCCUAAUGAGUGUGAAUUGAUACCGCGCUGUGGUUUUGAUUUGCAUUUCCCUAAAGACUGGUGAUUUUUGAUCACUUUUUUAUGUGCUCAUUGGCCAUCUGUAUGACUCCUCAAUUUUUAUAAUCACCACUGAUGCUGUAGGAACUUAGUGCCCCAGCCACAUGACCGCCAGGGCCUGUUUCCACCUGCACUUCAGCCUCUGCCGCCUCCCAUGUUAAUUUGAGUAAUUGUGAUGCCACUGCGUGCCAUGGGCCACCAGGUCUCAUCUUCCCCGGCAAAGUUGUCCAUGGACCACUCCAGUGUGUGAGCUAACCAAUCCCAGAAUCCCAUGUUCAGUGGUCCUGGGGCCACGGUUACUGUAUCAGUCAUGGUCGUGCCUGAGAAAAGGUGGCACGUUCAAACUGGGUUAUUUGAGGAAAGUUUGAAUAAAGGGAAUUUUUACAAAGGUGUGGGCAGGGUUUAGGGAACCAACAAAGGAUGGUGAGGUGUACAGGGUUCUAGCAACAAUGGGGACACACCUAGAGCUGAAGGGACACAGCGGGAGUAGUUGUGGAACCCAGCAAGGGUGGCUGAGCAGACAGAGCCACCUGAAAGGAGCCGAGCUGUCCGUGGCCUCUGCAGAGGAAGACAGCCAGCCCACAGCAGCCUCCCAGGGAGGGAACCCAGAGAAUAAAUACCCGACUUCUCUCUCCUCCCCCGUCUCCGGCUCUGACCCCAACAGGAAGCCUGAGAGCCUGGAAGCUGUUCUGCAGUCUCGUCCCUGAGGGUCAGUCUUGCUGUAGGCCAGCAAGGUGGAGAAGGAUGGAGAGUGGAUCUGAAGGGGAAAACGGAAGACAUCCACAGCCAUUCUUACCCCUGUUCUGUAUCACUUCAGAUGCUGUUAGUAAUAGAGCAGGUGGCUAACAGUGGCGAAACAACAGUGCUUUGCUUUUCUCACACAGCAGGGAUCUGGAGGUGUGCAGUUGUAGCCUUUCGCUCAGCACUGGGCGAUGGUGUGGUUCUGGUCAGGGUCUUUCUUCUCUGGUCUCAAGAUGGCGGCCAGCCCCGCCUCCCCUCAGGACUCAGCCAAAGUGCAGGAGGAGAAGGGCUGGGCUUCUCUUCACCUCUUUGCCUCCACGGGAUUACGUUCAUCAGAGCUCUCCCCCCGCCGCCCCCAGAGCUGGGGUGGCGUGACGCUCCCCGGGAGCCCUCCACGGGGACAAGAAGGGGGAGAUGGCUCUAGGUGAGUGGCAAAAGCUGUCCCUCCUUGUGACGGGACAGUCACCCUGCUCCCAGGGAGUACUCACCUCGUGGUCUGGUUUGAACGAGGGGAUGGGUGGAGCAAAAAGGGAUCCUUCAAAGUAAGAAACACACCAGCCAAUGUGCACAAAUCUCUGUGGGCCGGGAAGCGCUCCCUCCCCUGUGACACACCCUCCAAGGCCAUAUCCCUCCUGCACUCUGCUCCGCCAGGAGUUUACUUUCCCAACAGACCUCAAGAGCCAGUGGCCUCAGGCUGCUUCCGUUUCCUGCUCUGGAAAAGUCCUCGAGGCGAGGAAAAUACAAAUGUCUUUUCUACCUGCUUGGAAUGAGUGAAGGAAAAACAAAACGAAACAGCAAAUGUUAAUAUUUACAUAAAUUACCUUGGCCUGGAAUUCAAUAUGGAUUCCUUAUGCUCAAAGCUAGGGCUGACAUCCCUGGCCUGAACCCAGUCUGUUAAAAUAUCACAAAGCUUCAGACCCGGUUACCAAACAGCUGCUGGCCCCAGUCUGUUUGCCCCCUGAAAUUUGGCUGUCUCCGCCCUCCCCCAGAGAACAGGGUUCGGGGCCUCCGCGGGCCAGUCCCUGCCGAAGCCACUGUUCUCCCUGGUCAGAGCUUCUGCUCAACAGUGGUUAAAUAGUUUGAACAUCCCCCUGCAGAGAACACACGACUCUAAAACAAAAUUAAAUUUACAGCUCCAAAACAAAACUAAAGUUACAACUCAGAGACAAAACUUCAAAACUAAUCAAGUCCAAAUCAAGACCUGUGACAUUGUCCUGUUUGCUCUGACCCACUUCUCCCUAGAUGACCAUGGCCCUGUGGCCGCAGAGCCCCGGAGGCCUUGGAAGCAGGUGCAGUUCACCCAGUCAGCAUAUUUUCCUUCUCAAACCGGCUCAGCAGUGAGGCCCAGGCUGGAUUGUCCAGGGCAGCAGCUUUCCAGACCCUCUCCAGGUUUCUCAGACUCAUCCUGUUCUUUUCUUGUUUGUUUCCUGUCUGUGUCUCUCACUGGGGUCUUGGACCCAUGAGGGCAGGGGUGCCCUGUGCUCUGUUCCCGUGGGUGCUCCAGUGUCAGACAGAUCAGGCGCUGUCCCAGGGGAGAGAAGGAACUUGUGCCCAUGGUGCUGACAAGUCUUCUGGCCUCCACUUACGGCAAACGCAUCACUGGUGUAUUACCUACAUCUGUCCUCUUCUCGUUGUUCUGUGACAAUUAAAAUCGUUUUUCUGUUUUCUCCAUGUGUCAUUUGAUGGUGUGAAAUCAAAGCCCCAUCUUAUAUGAAACUCAAGUGUUAUGCGGUGACCAGUUCCUUAAGCUGAGAAUGAUCACAGGAGAAGAGAAUUCGGGUGAGCUCAGCGGCAGAUAAGGGACAGCCAGUCAGCAUGUUUGCCAGCCUGUGACCCGCCCACAGCCACCCAUGGGGGCGAUUCCUUCAUGCCUACAUGUGUCCUCAUGCAGGCUCUGAAGCUGCUUGGCUGGGCUGGUUUCAAGGUGACCCUCUGGAUGACACGGCGUCUCUGUAUGAUACUACACUUCAAAAAAGAUUAUUUAUUUAUUUGCCGCGCCGCGAGGCACGUAGGAUCACAGCGUGUGGGAUCUUAGCUCCCCGACCAGGGAUCGAACCCGUGCCCCCUGCAGUGGAAGCACGGAGUCCUAACCACUGGGCCACUAGGGAAGUGCCAUCCCGAGUCUCACAUUGAAAACCCUCUUCGAUGAGAACGCGAGGCCCCCGAGUGAUGACCAGCUGGGAUUCUUUGGACCCCACGGUGGGGUUGCCUGUACUGAGGAGCUGGGAAUCCUCCCUGGUGCACUGGGAGUGGCAGAGCCCCCGGCCCUGUGUUCUGGUUGCAGAGCUGGGCUAUGCAGGGCCUGAGCUCCCAGCCUGGACGCUAGCCUUGCCCGCAGUGUCCUGGGGAUGCCAGGCGUUGCCAAGUUUCCUGGGUGACAUUGUGCCAGGGCAGCUGCCCUUUUUCCAGGGGCUGGAUGUCCCCAGCUGAGAGCCAGUACAGGCUUCGAAGGGGGCUCGUCCCCCCCACACCCGUCCCGCUUAUCGCCCAAGGUUCCUGGAUAACAGGAGGGUGGCUCUCAGGCCUCUCUGGCUGGGCUGGGCCUGUGGGGUCCCAGGGGAUAUAAAAGGAGCUGCUGGGGCAGGUGCCCCAUAUCUCCCUGACGGUAGCAGCAUGGCCUUUCUCUGGCUCCUCUCCUGCUUCGCCCUCCUGGGGGCCGCCUUCGGCUGCGGGGUCCCUGCCAUCGACCCUGUGCUGAGUGGCCUGUCCAGGAUCGUCAACGGGGAGGAGGCUGUCCCCGGCUCCUGGCCCUGGCAGGUGUCCCUGCAGGACAGCACCGGCUUCCACUUCUGCGGGGGCUCCCUCAUCAGCGAGGACUGGGUGGUCACCGCUGCCCACUGCGGGGUCAAAACCUCUGACCUGGUGGUGGCCGGGGAGUUUGACCAGGGCUCAGACGCCGAGAACAUCCAGGUCCUGAAGAUUGCCAAGGUUUUCAAGAACCCCAAGUUCAACAUGUUCACCGUUCGUAACGACAUCACCCUGCUGAAGCUGGCCACGCCCGCGCGCUUCUCCGAGACCGUGUCCGCCGUGUGCCUGCCCAGCGCCAACGACGACUUCCCCCCCGGGACGCUGUGCGCCACCACGGGCUGGGGCAAGACCAAGCACAACGCCCACAAGAUCCCCGACAAGCUGCAGCAGGCGACCCUGCCCAUCCUGUCCAACGCCGACUGCAAGAAGUACUGGGGCAGGAAGAUCACCGACGUGAUGAUCUGUGCGGGCGCCAGCGGCGUCUCCUCCUGCAUGGGCGACUCCGGUGGCCCCCUGGUCUGCCAGAAGGAUGGAGCCUGGACCCUGGUGGGCAUUGUGUCCUGGGGCAGCGGCACUUGUUCCACAUCAACACCUGCUGUGUACGCCCGUGUUACUGCACUCAUCCCCUGGGUACAGCAGAUCCUGGCCGCCAACUGAGCCCAGGGCUCCUGCCAUCCCAACCCUGAGAGUCCCCAAUAAAAGCAUCUGUCUGCACAU